AUGUACCUGAUCACUGUGUUUGGAAACCUGCUAAUCAUCCUGCUCACAAUAUCAGACUCUCAACUGCACACACCCAUGUACUUCUUCCUCUCCAUUCUCUCCUUCAUAGACAUCUGUUACAACUCUAUGAGCAAACCAAAGAUGUUGGUGAACAUCCAGACACAGAGCAAAGUUAUUACUUAUGCAGGUUGCAUCACCCAGAUGUUCUUCACAGUGUUUUUUUCAGGGCUGGAUGACUUUCUCCUGAUAGUGAUGGCCUAUGACUGGUUCUUCGUAGCCAUCUGUCACCCUUUAUAUUAUGUGGUUAUCAUAAACCCCCGGCUGUGUGGACAGUUGAUUCCGGUCUCUGGCAUUAUCAGUGCCAUGAAUUCUUGUUUAGAAAGCUUAAUGGUGUUGCGGCUGUCCUUCUGUACACACUCGGAAAUCCCCCACUUUUUCUGUGAACUUAAUCUGGUGGUCCACCUUGCCUGCUCUGACACCUUUCUUAAUGACAUAGUCAUCUAUUUUGCAACUGUGCUGUUGGCUGGUGGUCCCCUUGCUGGGAUCCUUUACUCUUAUUAUAAAAUUGUUUCCUCCAUACGUGCAAUCCCAUCAGCUCAGGGGAAGUAUAAAGCAUUUUCCACCUGUACUUCUCACCUGUCAGUUGUCUCCUUAUUUUACUGUACAAUCAUAGGAGUGUAUCUUAGUUCUGCUGCCCACAGCUCACAGUCAAGUGCAACAGCCUCAGUGAUGUACACUGUGAUAACCCCCAUGCUGAACCCCUUCAUCUACAGUCUGGGUAAUAUUGAAGGGCUUCUAGAUGUUGUUCCUGAGAAAUUGACUGACAAGGAGGUGUUGGAACUUGGAAAGGAAUGCAUAGCUGACCAAGGAGCAAGAGAAAAGAAAACUACAUGA